AUGGAGGACCCGAAUUUAGACGACUCCCGCAUGGGCACCACCAUGCAGCAUCCUGCGAUGAUGGAAACCAUGGAAGAUCUCUUCGGCGAGGCCGCAGACAAUCUCAACGUAUCGCUGCCUCCUGUCAUCCUGCCGGCCGCCUCCAUGUUACGCGUGGCAGAGAUGCAGAGUCGCGGAUGCUGCACGUGAGUCAGUCAGCCCUUCUUCCGUGGAGCAGAAACACCGAUUGAUGGCAUUACGCUGCAGGAGACUCGCCUGGUCCAGCACCGGCAGUAUUGCCCGCAUCACCGCAGACAGAUCCAAGGUGGUCUUCCAUACCCUUGUUCGCGAUAAGAGGACUGGCGGAUGGACGUUGACCGGCGACUCCAAGCAUCCACUAGAAGCUCCGGUGGGUCGAAGAUUCGUUCAUCUGAAGUUCAGUGGCAUCGGCAUUGACCUGAUUGUGAUUGACGAUGUGGGUGCUUCGCACAUGUACACCUUGGCAGGCGUUUUGGAAAGAACGACCUGCUUAGGGGUGGCACGUGAAGGGAAGAGCGAGCUGGACGCUGUCGUCGGCAUCCACUGGCUAUCACUGUAUCCUGCCGAGUUCAGAGUAAGCCGAUGAGUGAAAGUGCUUUACUCACUUGCUGAUGGUCGUGUCAGGGCGCUUGCAUGGACCCUGCCGUCAAGAACGGUGACAGGUGGGAGUUCCCUUUCAAGUCUCGCGACGUGCAAAGCAACAACAGGGCACAUAAUCCCGCUGAAGCGAAGAAUGCAUUGGUGCAGGUCACUCGCUCAGGUGAAGUGAUUCUGCUUUAUCAGAACGAAGGCCCCCUCUGGCUAUCCACCAGUGAUACCCUGGACUCUCUUCGGUCCUCAGACGAGUUCAUCUCCCACGCAGCCAUUGGGGAAGAUGGGUUGGACUUGCUGGUCGUCGCUUAUGAUCACUCAUCUAGAUUUCGUCUAUACCGGAUCAUUAUCAAUUGGAAUCCGACUCAGCACCAGCGUGCGCCGAAUGUGGUACAGACCACUGUCGCCCCGACCCUCGAAGUGCGCCACUUGACUGCCUUGGAAAAUGUUCGUGCCCAGCAUGUCGAUACCGCCAAGCUCACUCACUUGCGUCUCCUGCCGUCAGUGCCAGAAGCCGCAUAUCCCAUGCCGACUCUGCCUACAUUGUUCGCGGUAUUCACCCAGAUAUCUCUGCCGACAGAUGCGGGCCAGAACCAAAGUUCUUUCGCAGUAAUCUCCCGCUGGCACAUUGACACAUUUACCCCCACGCUUCACGAGAGCUUCAAGAAGCCGAAGCCGGGUAGCGACACAUCGGGGGCCAUGGGCACUGUCACGGUCCUCAAAAGACAGCAGGAUGUAGUCACAAACAAGGUCAUUCUAUCAUUCGACACGCAAAUGUUUGACAAAAUAUUGGCCUUUGGCGCGACCGAUGGCACAGUAGAUUUCCGCGACAGAGCCACCAUGGAUCCGCUGCAGACGGCGUUCGGAGAUGCAACUCGCGUCUCGAGCUUACCACAGACGGGGUUUGACCAUCUGCCCAGGGAUCACAAUGUCGAUGUCGCGGUGUCUGCGGAUGCCUCUGGCCUCGCUAUCGUUGAUACUGAAGGCAACGCGAGCGCCCAUGUGAUGAACCUGACGCAUGGAUGGCAGAUAGUCCAAGAUGAGAUGAGCGACAACAGGCCCUUCAUCGACGCGGCUAUCGCAUGUGUCGCACGGCAAUUCGCCAUCCUCUGCUAUCAGAAUGCAUCGAACGAUGAGUCACUUGCUCUGGUGCCAUCCAACGCCGACUCCGACGUUCGGUCACGUAUCGUCAGGAACAUAUACAAGAUUCUGAACCGCAGUCCAGACCUUCUCAUGCAAGACGGCGGGAAGCAGCAAAUGUUUGUCUUCAGAGACGCCCUGAUACCGCGAGCGUUGAGCGCUUCUCUUUCCUUUGGUACCAGUCCGACUUCUGGAGAACGGAAUUGUGCAGCUCAGCUUGCCUUCAUCGUGCUCAACAUUCGUCUUCUGGCCCAAGCACUAGCACCGGCAAUUGGAAUUAAUCGCGAUGUCAAGAGCAUGCCUCCGGAAAUAUUCGCGUCUCUCGGUGGACAGAUACGAUGGGCCACAGACCUCAUCAUUCACAUCAUGGACACGAUCACGACGGUGCAGAGAGAUAUGGAACCAAACACCUCGAGCAAGAAAGCCUUCGACGAGCUGAGGGCAAAGAGUGGCAGCCCGGUGAUGCAAGUACUCCUCAGCACGUUCUCCCGCGCUCUACUGCGUCUAGACUUAGCUUGGAUCAUGAAGUAUUUCCAAGCGGUUCAGCAAGUGGCGUUGCCACGUGCUCGAACGAUAGCAGAAAAGAAAGAGCUCACAGGUCUUCUGGAACUGGCAUCUACAAUACCGUUCCGCUAUCACGAGUUUGAGAAGAUGCUGCAGGAACUUGACCAAGCCGUUAAAGAUGCCUGGGUGCGAAGUGGUGUGCCAGCCGAACAGCGCGCUGAAUUGGAAGGAGCUAUGCUCUGCGACGGCGAGAUCCCAAAUGAGCUCGAGCCAGCCAUUGACACGCUGCUGAACACCAUCCUCCCAAAAUUGAAAGAGACCAUGGACAUUGGCAAGCUGUAUUUCUGGAACACAGACCGCUUGUCCAUUGCCUGUGCCAAGCCGAGAUCUGGACAGCAGCAGUUGGACAUUAUCCGCAAGACGCCCAUUCCCAAGGACGCUCCCAUUCGCCUGUGUCGCCGCUGCGGCUCCGUGACGGAGGAUGUAACGCAGGAGAGAGCACGCGAGCUACCGAAUUGGUUACAGCACGUACACCGACAUUGCGUGUGCAUGAACUUCUGGAUCCUACCUUGA